AUGGAAAGUCCUUCAACUACACAAUCGACAACACAAGUCGACGUCGCGUCCGACCGCAAGGACGGGCCCAGGAAGCGUCGACGAGCGACGGUGGCCUGCCGUAGCUGCCGGCAGCGGAAGACAAAAUGCGAUCACAUUGUCCCAGCGCAGGCAUCUGACGAGAUGCUCCGGGGCAUGACCAAAUCGGCGCAAGUGUAUAUCCGAUCCCUGGAACGGCGUGUACGCAACUUUGAAGAUAUUCAACGAGACGCAAAAAAGUAUCACCACAAUCAGCAAAUGCAACAACAGCCAGCACCUACUGUUCAGACUAUAUCCCCUGUACCAUCGACCAGUCAGUAUGAGGCGACAAAAAUGCCGCCAAUUCAGCGACCUGUUCGGCCAACCGGGUGGUCAGCCAGUCACUCUCAGCAGCAGCAGCCUCAGCAUCAAAACAUUCUUCCAACCACUCCAGAUAUAUUCCUCAGUGGAAAAGCUGGCGAAUCUUUUACCCAGCUAAUACUCAAUGCUAUGAACAAUCCGUCUGUUAAGCUCGACGCCCAGUCCUUUUCCUCUCCCCGAGAUGGCUCCGUCGAUGUGAGAGGCUCAGAUAACCUCUUUUCUCCACCUGCCAAUGUCCGGGAAUUGCUCCAGAUAUACUUCGACUUCCACCAUGAGCUUACCCCGAUAUUCCACGUUCCCUCUAUUAUGGCGCAAUUUGAACAGGUUCUCAGCAAUCGUGUUUCUUCUGCAAACAGCGAUCAUGUUUAUAUCCUGGCCAUCCUCAACAUGAUCUGUGCGCUGGCCGAGGCUCAUAGUCGACAGAAUCAUGGAGAUUCCGAUAUCACCUCUCGCAAAUACUACAAUACGGCAAUGCAGCUCAUGCAGCCUAAUCUCUUGUCAGACUGGAAGAUCGAAAAGGUCCAGGCUCUGCUCCUCGGUGCCCGCUACCUUCAGAGCUCUAGCUAUAGCGACGAAUGUUGGACGGUAUUGGGACUUGCGAUCCGUAUAGCCUAUGAUCUAGAGCUACACCGGCCACCCGACCCUGACCAAUUUGAUUGCAUAGAUCAAGAAGUUCGUAAACGCGUAUGGUACGCGUGCUUCGGCUUGGAUAAAUUACUGAGCAUGAUAUACGGCCGUCCUGCUGCGACCUCCACGGCUACAUUCACAACCCCUCCUCCAGAGGAUCUAGAUGACGAUUGCAUUCGGCCAAACAGGCUAUUAUUUCCCUCUGUUCACACCACUUCAAGCAUGUCAUUCUUUUUACAAGUCUCCAAACUAUACCGCCUUUUGGAAGCUAUAACAAUGCUGGGUGACCAACCGGCAUUGGCAGACUUGGUCAGAUUGGACGAAGAAUUUGAGACUUGGCAAGCCGAAGUGCCUGUUAGGCUCCGGAUUCGGGAAGCUUCUCUACGUGGAGAUGAGGCAGCCUUAAUUCUUGCGCUCCGUGCCAACAUGGUGUGCAUCUUGAUGCAUAGACAGUCGUUGGUGUCAGGUCUUAGUGCGUUGUCGUCAGUAUCCAGUUCUUCAAUACCAUCUACCAAAGGAUGGGAAGGCGGCCGACUACGAACCAGCAUGCUACAACGGAGUCGACAGAUCUGUGUGAGUACAGCCGAGGAAACAAUUCGAUUGGUGGCCGAACGACAUGAACAGACCAAAAGUGCAAUGGGACCAAGUUGGUUCAACUUGUAUUAUCUGUUCACUUCCAUUCUCAUCAUCGUAUCUCAUGUCGUUGACCCGGAUUUUCAAGAUGACCGGAGUGCUUUGAUGCAUCUCGACCAAGCGGUUAAUAUGAUUCGGCAAAUGUCUGUCAACCAUCUCUGUGCACAGAGAGCUUAUGCAUUUCUGCAGCAAUUGCUUGGAGUGCUAGAUAGAACUAUGCCAGAAGACAGACGGAGGUCACUUGAACGAUAUAGCACGCCUCCAACCGUCAUGACAGGAAGCAAUCGGGGGGCAGCAGAGACUACAAUCUACAGUAACUGCACAACAAUGACAGCAGAUGAGGCCAUGGAAGAUGGCGGUGUCGACCUGUGGUCUCUCUGGGACACCACACAGGAUCUUACAAUGGAUCUGGGCUCUCAACUAGAGCUCCAUUCAUCUCUAGGUUCGGCCACGUGGUCGUGGGGUGUGGAGAAUCCCGGUGCUGAGUCGCUGAUGCAAUCUCCAACGGCUCUUAGCGGAAUCCCCGGAUGA